CACCAGAUCAACGAAAUUUUAUUUCGACGACGGCGACUGUGUUCUCAGAGUAGAAGGGGUCUUAUUCAAGGUCCACCGCUUUCUUCUGACCCGCGACUCGGUCGUAUUUCGUGAUAUGUUCAGUGGGGUCAGAUUCCAGGACAAGGUCCCACCGAAUAUGAACGUCAAUGUCUGUGACGAAGGCAUUGAUGACCAGCGCCCUAUAAUUCUUCCCGGAGACAACUCGAAGGCCUUCGAGGAGCUCUUAUCCGUGAUAUACGCUCUACCAGAAGAGAUUACCAAAUUCACCAUUCAGCGACGCGCCCACGGCGAAAUUCUCAGCGUACUGGAGCUCACUCACAAAUAUCAAUUUGUGGCUUUGGAGCUUUGGGCACUCGGAGUGGCGCUUACCCAGUUCACCCGCUUUUGGUUGUUUGGAAUUGGCAACAUAUCUGGAGAGAACCUUCGUCGAUUUCUUGCCGUUGCUGUCCGCAGUCGAGACAACGCACUUCUGGUCAAGGUCGUUGCCCACUGGACCGAGGCGCUCGGGCGGUUUGAGGAUUAUGCCUUCCUUGCUAUGGAUGCAGGGGAUGUUCUCGAUGUUCCUACCUUAAAAGGCCCCGCAUACUACAAAAUCUUGCAAGCCUAUUGGCGCACAAUACCUACGGAGAAGCGAUUGACAAAAGCCCAACGCAUACGUCUUUCUGUAGGAUUUACGUCUCUCGCCGCCCUAUGGGACCAGCUGAGGACUGCACCGCCGCUUUGCUGUCACCCUCCAGACGCAGUCGACAUUCAUCCGGGUUGUAACGAACGCUGGAAUGCCAAGUGGCUCCUAUCGCGAGAAGAGCGAGCUGCAAUGCCAGAGAGCGUCUCGGAUGUUAUAGGAAACAUCGAAUUCAUGUUGAAGAGGAUGCAUAACGUUUCCUACCAGUUUUCGGACGGCACAUGCUACGAAGCCGUGCGCACCGCUCUCAAAAAGUUGAGGAAUGACACGAUAGGAAAGCUAUCCGAUCAUUUCAAGGAUCCUAUAGAUUAGCUGUAGGUCUGAAGCGCGAACGGUUUUUAUUUUGUUUUUAUUUCUGCACCACAUCGAAGCUGUAUUCUGCUAGCCGACUGUAUUCUAGCACUCCGUAACGAACGCAUUGCGCUUGCGAUGACCAUCGUGACUCCGGACGUUUUUUUGCGGUUGAUCAGUUCUUCGACUUUGUGCCAUUCUUAUGAGUCUACUAGAAUUAUUACCGUAU